AUGGACAUGAGUACAUUUACCGAUUACGUUACCAAGACAGUUCAACAGGUAUACGACAAAGGAAGAGGUGUGUUAGAACAUUAUGGCAUUGUUGAAAAGCCUGUUCAGCCAAACACUCACGAUCCAAUUCGUAAUUUCAUUGGCAAUCAUCCAUAUAUUACUACAAGUAUUGUAUCACUUGCUGUGAGCUCCUCUGUCAAGUUUAUACUUCGUCAAUUGAGAAAGAGAGUAUCUCCUCAUACAGUUCUUGAAAUUGAUUUGGAGGAUUUAGAAUUUACAGCACAACCUGUGACUCCAUCCCUCGCAGCAUUGUUCUCUCAAGGAAAAACAAAGAUGCAUUACUUGACAUUUGUGGAUGUAUUGAAGGUUGCUAAACAGAAUCCAAAUAUUGUUGGUCUUGUUGUCUAUUUCCAAGGAUCAUCACACAAUCCAUUUUCUGGAUUAGCACUUGCUCAUUUGAGCGAAAUGAGAAAGGCCUUGUUUGAUUUCAAACAACACAAAACAACUAUUGCCCAUACACAUUUCUUCAGCAAUACUGUAAAUUAUUACUUUGCAUCUGCUUGUGAAAAGAUUUAUAUUGGAGAUCAAGGACUUACAGUUUUGAAUGGAUUCCAACUUCGUAAUUUCUUUUUGAAACAACUUUUGGAUAAGGCUGAAAUUGAACCAUAUGUUGUGAAGAGAGCAGAAUACAAAUUAGCUAUGAAUACAUUCACAGAAUCCAAAUAUUCUGAGCAACACAAGGAGCAAGUUGAAACUUUGGCUAAGGACCUUUUUGACACAAUUAUUAAGGACAUCUCAGAAACAAGAGAAAAGAACGCUACUUCAGUUCGUGAAUGGUUUGAUAUUGGUGUUUUUGGAGCAUCUGCUGCUGUUGAGCACAAAGUGGUAGAUGGUGUGAAGCAUCGAGAUGAAAUGCUUUCAGUAAUGGCUGACAGUUUGAAUGUCGAUUCAAAGAAGAUUAACCUUCUCUACAUUCAAAAGUAUCUUCAACAAAAGUUAGAAGGGAAUCCUCUUGACUAUCUCAACCCAAAGAAAAAGUCUGACAAUCUUGUCGCAAUCAUCUAUGCCAGUGGAGCAAUUGUAAGAGGAAGACCACAAAACCCACAAGAUACGAACAUGAACAGUGACGUAUUGAUUGACGCCAUCUAUAAGGCAAGAAAGAAUACUGAAGUGAAGGUCAUUCUGUUGAGGGUUGACUCACCAGGUGGAGAAGUGUUUGCUAGUGAGCACAUUAGAAGAGAGUUAGAGCUUGCAAAGACAGAAGAUAAAAAGAAGAUUGUUGUCAGCAUGGGAGGUGUAGCUGCCAGUGGAGGCUAUUGGAUUUCCUCAGUUGCUGAUAAAAUUGUAGCUCAUCCUUUUACUAUCACUGGAUCUAUUGGAGUGAUUAUGGGCAAGUUCUUCCUUGGAGACUUCUUUGCUAAUAAGCUCGGAAUUACCAAUGAUGCCAUUUCAACAAACAAGAAUUCGUCUGUCUUUUCGUAUUUCGAUCGUGUCACAGAGCAACAAACAGAAUUAUUUAACAAUGUUAUUGACGAAUUUUAUGAUUCCUUUAUUGAAAAGGUCAGUCAAGCAAGAAAUAUCAGCAAGGACGAUUUGAAGAAUAAGAUUGCCAAGGGUAAAGUUUACUUUGGUCAAGCUGCCAAAGAAGUAAACUUGGUUGACCAGGUUGGUGAUUUUUAUGACGCCGUCAAAGUAGCUAAGGAAGUUGCUGGCAUGCAGAACGAACCACACCUUUGUGUUUUCUAUCCAAAGAAGAAGUCUUUGUCUGAGGCAUUGCUGUCAUCCCAAGCACCAACAAACAGCAGAGAUCGUGCUUUCAAAUCUGGCGUCUCAGUUUUUGAGCCAUUCUACGCCAUGCUUCAGUCUUUGAGCGGAUUAUUUAAGGUUUCAAGUUUCUUUGCAAAACACAGCUCAAUGGUUGACAAGUAUGUUCAAUUUGCUGAGAAAGCCAUUCAAGCUAACAAUGGGGAAGCCAAAGCUGAAUUAGAAACAACCAUCGAAUUCUAA